CGCAGAUUAGAAAGGCGUGUUCUUCCUUUUUCUGUUGGCUUUUAAGUGAAGGUACAGGCUGACUGUCUAGUUCAUUAUACUUCAGACAGCCUUGGUGCCAACAGCUUUUUAAGAAGUGCAGAGCAUCAAUAGCAAAGUCGACAUGUCACAAGAACAGCUAAUGGGGAACGAAGCUGCCCCACCGGGAGAGCACACAGGUCUGAUUAGGAGUGACAGUGGCAGAGGCUCCUCCAGUCGUGGCUGGAAGAUCGGUGGAUUCACUUUACUGGGGCUGCUUCUGAUUGCUGGCCAGGCGAUCACUGUUUACUUUGUGAUGGCUCAGAAGGGACAGAUCUCCUCCCUGCAGGAACACACAGACAUACUGAAGAAACAGCUCAACAACCAGCAGCAUGCUCCCCCGUCUCCUUCCAAGAUGCUGCGUAUGUCCAUGUUCAACAUGCCCAUGCUGGUCAGCGACUCUGUUAAUGAGAAGCCCAAGAAGAUCCCCAUGAUACCCCUCGAGGACACUUCCACAGUGAGCCUGGAGAAGCAAGUCAAAGGCCUGCUGCAGCAGGAGGACCCUGACCAGCCCCUGCCCCAGUUCAACGAGACUCUGCUGGAUAACCUGAAAAGCCUGAAGGAACAAAUGAAUAGCUCAGAGUGGAAGAGUUUUGAGUCCUGGCUCCGUCAGUGGCUGCUCUUUCAGAUGGCUCAAAAGAAACCAGCUCAGCCCACCACAGCUCCAGUGCAGACCACCACUGCUAUGGAAGAGUCUGGCGUGCAGUCCAAGUGUCAGCUGGAAGCCUCAGCCCCCUCUGUCCAUCCCGGUGUGUACCGUCCUCAGUGUGAUGAGGAGGGCAACUACCUGCCCAAGCAAUGCUGGUCCAGCACUGGGUACUGCUGGUGUGUGGACAAGAAUGGAGACGAGCUGGCCGGAACCAGAACCCGCAAUCGUCUGGACUGCAACUUUGGCCUACGCAGGUUGGCGAUGCCCAGCUUUGCUGCAGUGAAGAUGAUCGAUAAGGAUAACUAGACGGAGCCUGCAGGAGGCAGAGGCGGAGAGCAGCCGCUACCAAGCUUAUGCAAUCAUUAAAACCCGCUAAACACAGCUUGAUGAACAGCUUUUGCAGUUGAUUGCUGAAAGGAAACUUAACUCUUAAGUCAACUGUUAAUUAUAUAUAUAUUUUUUUUUUUUUAACUUUUUUAAGAAAUUAACUCUUUUAUUGCAAUCAGUAGUCGUAGUAGUUAUUAAGAUAGGGACACCUACUGGAGUGGCUGACCCAAGAUGGACUUUUCAGAAUUACAAAUACAUGUAACAGCUCAAUAAAGAUUUUAUUAAAAUUCUGAUGAAAAGGUGUUUGACUCAUUUACCCUAAACCAUAACCCAGGUGAUACAAAUGUGAAGCUUUAAAUACUUACAAAUUGUAAGUAUCAGGGCAAUGUAAUCUAGCAAUCUGGCCCCUGUUUUUGGGAGCUGUUUUAACAAGGAAAAUGUAGUUCUUUAAGAUGUGAAAACUGAGGAAUUUUAACUAGAACUUCAGUCCACAAAAUUGGAAAGUCAUUCCUGUUGGGUCACCUUAUACAUAUUUAGAUGAAAAAUAAUACUUUUAUUUUGAAAUAUUUUCUGUUUUAAUGUUACAUUUUACUCUAUGGCAGUGAUGGAUUAUUCAUUUUAUUACAUAAUACAUAAUUGCAAUAUAUUCUUUCUGUUAUGUACUGAGAUCAAUUUAUACCUUAAUACAUGAUGGAAAUCACCCAGUGGAAAUAUGGUUUGCGAUUGAGGAGCUUGAUCAGAAAGCAUUAGCAAGUAUGUACAUAAAUGUGCAUACAAUGAAUGAUUUAUACCUUAUAUCUGAAUCCUGUUCCCCUGAAAUAAAGUUCGGCAAGUUUACACCUUCUAUAAAAUAUACAACAUUUACAAAUGUUCAGUUUGCUUUUUUAAACAGUUAAAAUGGAUUAAUCCGUGCUUGAAGUUCAUAUAUUACUGUUAUGCUUCUUCCUAAUAAAUAAGUUAGAUUUUCUGUCAUUUUUAAUUAUAUAUUCUAUGCUUGUUUUUUCACUAAAUCUAAUACACUUUUCUUGGAAGAAGCUGGAUGGAUUAAGAAUGGUGUAAUGAGGAAUUUAGCACUGGAAUUGUCUGAAAUGUUUGUAUUUGAGCUGGGAUGAAAUAAAAGGAGGUUCUUCUAACACAUUGA